CGCCUCGCCGCGCACCGCACGCCAUUCCCUGUUCCCACGCCUCCCCUCCCCUCCCCUCUCGUCGGAGAAGAGCAAGGCAAAGGCAACAGGGAAGGCAGCAGCGAGCAAUUCAUGGAGAGCUACGACCGCGAGUUCUGGCAGUUCAGCGACCAGCUGCGCCUGCAGACGGCGAGCCUGUCCACCCUCUCCCUCGGCGACUCCAUCUGGUCCCCCGCCAGCGCCACCGACCGCCGCAACGCCCUCUUCGCUUCCGCAGACCCCUUCCCCUCCGCCGCCGCCAAGAACAACGACGGCGGCCCCGGCCUCAUCGGCUCCGGCAAGCUCGCCUUCGGUAGCACCACCACCAGCAAGGCCGACCGAUACAAUAACAACGUCGCCAAUCUCCCCACCGAGAAGACGUACAGUAACAAUAACAACAUCAACAGCAGCGGCUAUGCCAAGAGCAGCAGCAACAUCAACAACAGCUUUGCAUUCAACAAGAUGGGGAGCUACGGCUACAACAGCAGCAACGGCGGGGAGGUGAAGAGCUACUUCGACAAGUCCGCCGGGAGGCCGGCGAGCAACAACAACCACAGCCACCACCACGUCGGCAAGAAGGAUUAUGGCAAGAAGAAGCCCGGCAAGAACGAGAGCAACAACGCCGGCGGCGCGGGGGCGGACAAGAGGUUCAAGACGCUGCCCGCGUCGGAGGCGCUGCCGAGGGGCGAGGCCGUCGGCGGGUACAUCUUCGUCUGCAACAACGACACCAUGGACGAGAACCUCAGGAGGGAACUCUUCGGAUUGCCGUCGAGGUACAGGGAUUCGGUGAGGGCCAUCAGGCCAGGGCUGCCCCUCUUCCUCUACAACUACUCUACCCACCAGCUCCACGGCAUCUUCGAGGCGGCGAGCUUUGGAGGGGCCAACAUCGACCCGACGGCGUGGGAGGACAAGAAGUGCCCCGGCGAGUCCCGCUUCCCUGCACAGGUGAGGGUGGCAACGCGGAAGAUCUACGACCCGCUGGAGGAGGACGCCUUCCGCCCCAUCCUCCACCACUACGACGGGCCCAAGUUCCGGCUCGAGCUCUCCGUCACCGAGGCCCUCGCCCUGCUUGACAUCUUUGCUGACAAGGACCACGCCUGAACUCAUCACCUUCACCUUCAGGGGACGCCACGCAAUAAUAAAACCGGCACGGCACGGCACGUCUCUGUGUAUGCUAGCUAUACUGGCCGUGUACUACACUAGUAUUUUCUGGGCUGAGAGGCAUGCGUCCCAUUGCUUUGAUGACUGCAGAGGAUAUUAGCCCAGCUCAUUUCUGUAAACACACCUGUUUGUACAUACACAUACUUUGGCUGAUGUUGUAUGUUCCAUCGCGAUCUUUUCAAAGACUAAAGAUUAGAUGCA